AUGAAUGUUCCUCUCUAUCUCUGGACCUUCGCUCACUUGCUUUGCGCCUUGGCCGCCGCCGGAGAGGAGCUGAAGGUUCUCCUGGAGGAGAGGAAGGUUCUCCUGGAGGAGGAUCGGAUCCGCUCGGGACGCAGGACCUGCAGACUCUACUGCCGGGUGGGCAUCGGCUUCCAUCUGCAGAUCCAUCCCGACGGAAGAGUCAACGGCAGCCACGCUCCCAACCAGCUGAGUGUCCUGGAGCUCUUUGCCGUGUCUCAGGGGGUCAUCGGCAUCAAAGGGGUCUUCAGUAACAGAUUCCUGGCCAUGAACAAGAGAGGACGGCUCCACGCCACCGAAGGCUUCACAGACGACUGUAAGUUCAGGGAACGUUUCCAGGAGAACAGCUACAACACGUACGCCUCGGUGAUCCACCGGAACCACAGGACCGGUCGCGACUGGUUUGUGGCCCUCAACAAGAGAGGCAAAGCUAAAAUGGGCUCGAGUCCGCGGGUCAAAUCCCAGCACGUCUCCACCCACUUCUUACCGAGGGUCGACCUGCAGGACAAGGGCGAGCGAGGCUUCACCAUCACGGACAGGAGCAAAGAGAGGAGGAAAUCCCCCCCGCUGCCGCCACCGGCUCCACCCAAAGCUAUCGUGGCGUCGAAGGCGAACGUCCACGCAGGAGCAGCUCAGAGACGGACGCAAGUCAAAUACUGGCCCAAGUACCGGUUUGGAUAA